UAACAUUAGAGUUUCGAACGUCGAAGGAGCGGUGUAUUGAACAGAUAUUUCUAUUGCGAAUUUGGACUAUUUUGUGACAUAUUUCAUUUGAAAUCGAUCGCAAUUUUCUUUUGAUUACAUAUCAUUUUCCAUUUAGUGACGAAAAUCGCUUUUCUGUGAUACAUUCGAAGCUAUAAUUAACAAGAGUUCCCUCGACAAAUUUAGUUGUUUUUUUUUAAGUUUCUUGUGAUAUUUUAUUCUAGUAUGUUGGAUAUCGUACCAAAGAACCAGAGCGCCAGCGGGGACCCUAUGGAAAUGCGCGAAUUAGCAGCCAGGAUUUGCAGGGACUAUCUGCAGGGAGCCUGGAAGAAAGUCACCCCCAAAAACAUUGGAUUCAAGCACAUCACGGGCGGCCUGUCUAAUUUCCUGUACCAAGUAUCCUUGCCGGACUUCCUGGCCAGCGAAUCGCCCAAGGACAAAAACGAGCCCCGGGACGUGCUGAUAAGGAUCUACGGACAAACGCACGGCGAAGGCGCCCUGGAGGCACUCAUCACCGAAUCCGUGGUGUUCACGCUGUUGUCCGAGCAAGGACUGGGCCCCAAAUUGCUCGGGAUAUUCCCCGGCGGCAGGAUCGAACAGUACAUAAACGCUAGGCCUCUGUUGAGUAGGGAAAUCGCCGACGAAAAGCUGUCGGUGCAAAUUGCUAAAAAAAUGGCCGCUAUACACAGCAUGGAGGUCCCCUUGCACAAAGAGCCCGUCUGGCUGUGGAACACCAUCGACAAAUACCUGCAGACGUUCAGCAGCAUGCAGCUCCAAGUCCCCGACACCUGCGGCUCGUCCUUCAGCACAGUCGAAUUAAAGGCCGAAGCCGAAUGGCUGCGCACCCGCCUGGAAGCCGAAAACUCCCCGGUGGUGUUCUGCCACAACGACCUCCAAGGCGGCAACAUUCUCCUGCAGAACUCCGCCGAAGAUGACUCCGAUGAAGACGAGCUGGUUAUUAUCGAUUACGAAUAUUGCGCUUACAAUUACCGCGCCUUCGACAUAGCCAAUCACUUCGUCGAAUGGGUGUACGACUACAGGUACCAUUCGCACCCCUACUUCAAGGAGAACUGGAGCAACUACCCCAGCGAGAAGCAGCGAUUGACAUUCAUAAGGACCUACCUGAAGGAGGUGGGCUCGCGAGAGAACCCCAAGAAGGUGAUGAGAGAAGUGGAGGCCUUCACCAUGGUGACGCACUUGCUGUGGACCGCUUGGGCCCUCACCAACGCCGGCAUGUCCAACAUUCCUUUCGGAUAUUGGGAAUUUGCGUCGGCAAGACUAAAGAAUUACUAUCAAAUCAAGCAGAAAUACACGAGCGGGAUGCAGUUGAAGAGGAAGAUGGACGAAUUGACGAUGCUGAGUCCGGGCGAGAGCGACGGGAGCGCCAGAAAACUACCGAAUUAGAAGAUAAAUAGCGCACUGAUGGAUGAUAAAAUCUCAGAAAACAUGACUGUGAACCAGGCGAAGCGGAGCUUCGGUACUUUUUGUCGAUAUACGUUUAUCUCUAAACUCUAAAUAGUAUUAUAAUGAUAAGUUUUUUGAAAAAUUUCUAUUCCCGUUAAGCGAAGAUUGACCGAAGAGACCGAGUCGAACUCGGGUAGAAAAGACAAUUAUUUUAAUUGUUGAUUGUUGGGAGUUUUUGACUGUUGUCUGUUGACUUGACUGCUGAGAAUUUACCGGUUUGAUGAGCGAGUUUAGAGCGUGAUGAAAGUUUUUAUACCCUCUUUUUUGUUAUCUACUUCAUAGUAUUUUAUAGUUUUUAAACGUUUAGAUCUGUAUGAAAAAUUGUGCUUAUUAUUUCGAGACUGAUCGUGUUAAUAGCAUAGUUUUUUUUAUUUCUUUUAACUUGUACAUAAUACUGCGAAUAAUUUAUUUUAGUAAAUAAAGAUUGGGGCAAAUUAA